UUUGUUUUCAUUUCAAUUUGUUUUCUUCUGGUUCAAUUUGCUUUAAAUUAAAUAAUUAAUUGAAUGGUAUACAAUUAGAAUCUAAAUAUUUCAUCACUACCGUUUUUGUAUUCGUUUCUUGGACUGUUCAUUUUAACAAUUGACUUGAUUUUUUCGCUUCAUCAAAUCUCAUCAAUUCGACUUCAAUUGUUAGUCAAGUUCACAUUUCAAGAGAUUUUUAAAUGUUCUCAUUGUUUCUAAUCGACAAUUGUCACUUGUGGAAAUUCUAAUAUCCAUAAUUGUGAAAAUGGAAGUGACUGAAGAUUCUCAUCAUGGUGAAAAGGAGAUCAGAAAGCAUAAGGUGAAGAAAAAAAGACAUAAAUCGAGUGAAGAUCCAGUUGAAAAGCCUCAGCUAGAAGAAGGCGAAAUUCCAGCUGAUGAUUAUGAUGAAGCAAAAGUUAAAUUGAAGAAAAAAAAGAAAAAGAGCGAUUGUGAUAAAGAAAAGAAAAGUAGAAAGAAUAAGAAAGAAAAAAGUCACUCUAAAGGAUUUUACAAUUUAGACGAUUACUCUAAAUCCGAUUUAGAGAAAAGAAGGAAAAAAUCAACAUCUCCAAUUGAACGAACUGGAAUCGGAUAUCACGAGCAGUCAUCGAAUCAAACGGACCAUCGGCGUGAAGAUCGUCACAGCAAUUCUAACUCUUAUCAUCGUCACCGUCACCAUGAGCAUCGUAGUCAUCGUCGAUCGUCUCGUUCCCACGAAAGAGAUAGAAAACGCCGAAGAAGUCGAUCGAGAAGCCAAUCAGUGAUUGAGAAGGUCGACAAAGAAAAGCUUCUACAAAUCGCAAAAGCGAAUCUCGCUCGUAUGAUAAAAGCAGGGACUCUACCCAAAGGUGUUGAUAUUGAUAAGCUCAACUUGGAGCAGUUGAAAAACUUGAAAGAAAAAAAUUCUAUAAGUCAAUGGUCAGAAUAUUGUCGAGCCCUUUCUGUUAUGGAAGCAGCGACCAAUGAAGAUUCUGCAGAUUCUGAUUUGUAUUCUGAUAGUGAUGAAAAUUCUGAUACUAAAUCUGUGUGUUCUGCUAUUGUCCGUCAUCCAUUUCAACUUAAGGAGAGAAAAGAUAUCCAGAUAAAAGUUAAAGAUUUUGCCAUAUUACCUACUAGAUCAUCUAAAGAGAUUCAAAAGGAAUUGACUGAGAAGUUCCCAGUAUCAUUUGGAGAUUCGCAUCGAAUCAAGGAACUCGAGUGGGUGGUGGUGAAGCCUACGAUGCCACCGCCGUCAGAAAUACCAAAGAAAAGGACAGAAAAAAGGGUUUUUAAAGAGGUGAAAGAGUCCAAAGAACCACCAGUUUUGGAUCAAGUGGAUUCUUCAGUUUCCAGUUCUUCUUCAGAUCACCAAGACCAGGAAACGAGCGCACUUUCAACCAGUGCAGGAAUUGGAGCGCUUGUGGCCUUGAGAUUCGCUGCUAAGAAAAAACUACAGGAAGAUCCAUUAAAUUUAGUUGCUCUCAGGCAGAUGUAUGAAGCAGAGCGAUUGUUAACUCUUAAAUAUCAAGAACAAUCUGGUCUUAAUUUAAAAACAGAAACCGAAUCAAUGGAAUCAGAACAAAAAUUACCUACAGAACCAGUGGAUCGUCUUUGUCGACCUGGAAUCGAACAAUUCACCGAGAAAAACAAAAUCAAAGAUGGAAUCGGAAUGCAUUUGUUAAUGAAAAUGGGCUGGCAACCUGGCAAAGGACUUGGUAAAGAUCGCAAGGGACCAGUAGACCCUCUAAUCCCGUCUCUUAAGUUUGACACGAAAGGAUUACUUGCCGAAGAGGAAACAGUGAGCAAAAUUCCUAAACAAGUAGUAGAUUUAGCAUCAGUCUCCGAUGGAAAGAGUCCAAUCUCAUUGCUGGGCGAAUACUGUGCAAAGAAUAGGUACUCAUUACCCGUUUAUGAGAUGGUCGAUUCUGAUGGUCCACCUCAUAAAAAAAGCUUCAUCAUGAAAGUUAUAGUUAACGAAGUUGAGUACAGACCAUCAGUUUCGUGUGGAACUAAGAAACAGGCCAAAGCACUUGCGGCCUCUGUUGCGCUUGAAGCUUUUGGAUUAACAGUCGGAGAAUGAAUCACAAUCAAUUUAUAUUGGAAAGAUUUUAUUUUUUAAGCCAAUCAAUAAAUCAAACAAACUUUUGUUAUCUCUAAUUGUACAUAUUUUGAACUAAUCUAUUAUCGUCAAAUGUUGUAUACAAAUAAUCAAUUGACAAUAAGCAUUCAUCUUGCAAAUCAAAUUGCUUUUUGUCAACCAUCUAAAUUAAUGUAAUAAAAAUGUUUUUUCUAAAAUCUUAUCAAA